AUACAAGAUAUUACUAUGGAGUUACACUGCCCACUGUGUAAUGAUUGGUUUUGUGAUCCACUGAUGCUAAGCUGUGGCCACAACUUCUGUCAGUCUUGUAUCCAAAACUUUUGGAAGCAGCAAGCAAAAGAAACAUUCUGUCCUGAGUGUAAGAUGCUAUGUCAAUACAGCAACUGUACAUUUAACCUUGUACUGGAGAAGCUGGUAGAGAAGAUUAAGAAGCUACCCCUACUCAUGGGCCAUCCACAGUGCCCAGAGCAUGGAGAGAACCUGAAACUGUUCAGUAAGCCAGACGGGAAACUGAUAUGCUUUCAAUGCAAAGAUGCUCGAUUGUCUGUGGGGCAGUCUAAAGAAUUCCUGCAGAUCUCUGAUGCUGUCCGUUUCUUCACGGAGGAGCUUACCAUCCAUCAGGGUCAACUGGAGGCAACCCUGAAGGAACUUCAGUCCCUGAGGAACACGCAGAAAGAUGCUAUUGCUGCUCACAAGGAAAACAAGCUACAUCUGCAGCAACACAUCUCCUUGGAGUUUCUAAAGCUGCAUCAGUUCCUGCACAGCAAAGAAAAGGACGUUUUAAAUGAGCUCCGAGAAGAGGGGAAAGCCUUGAAUGAGGAGAUGGAGCUGAAUCUGAGCCACAUUCAAGAACAGUGCCUCCUAGCCAGGGAGAUGUUGCUGAGCAUCCAGGCACGGAUAGAACAGCAGAACUCCUUCGACUUUCUCAAAGACAUCACACCUCUCUUGGAUAGCUUGGAGCAAGGAAUGAGGGUGCUGACACCCAGAGAGCUUAUCUCCAGAAAGCUGAACCCAGGCCUGUUCAGAGGUCCCAUCCAGUAUAUGAUGUGGAGGGAAAUGCAGUCCACUCUCUCUCCAGGCCUAUCUCCAUUAACUCUGGACCCUAAAACUGCUCACCCAAAUCUAGUGCUCUCCAAAAACCGAACCAGUGUGUGGCAUGGUGACAUUAAGCAGGUAAUGCCUGAUGAUCCAGAGAGGUUUGACUCAAGUGUGGCUGUGCUGGGCUCAAAAGGCUUCACAUCUGGAAGGUGGUACUGGGAAGUAGAGGUAGCAAAGAAGACAAAAUGGACAGUUGGAGUCGUCAGAGAAUCCAUCCUUCGGAAGGGCAGCUGUCCUCUAACUCCUGAGCAAGGAUUCUGGCUUUUAAGACUAAGGAACCAAACUGAUCUAAAGGCUCUGGAUUUGCCUUCCUGUAGUCUGAAACUGACUAACAACCUCAACAAGGUGGGCAUAUACCUGGAUUAUGAGGGAGGGCAGGUAUCCUUCUACAAUGCUAAAACUAUGACUCACAUUUACACCUUCAGUAGCACCUUCAUGGAGAAACUUUAUCCCUACUUCUGCCCUUGCCUUAAUGAUGGUGGAGAGAAUAAAGAACCAUUGCAUAUCUUACAUCCACAGUAAUUUGUCAUACUAUUGUAUAAAUUCAGAGCAUUAUUAAAGAGGUAUUGAAAUAGUU